AACUAUAUAAUCUUAUGUUCUGUCCAGGAAAGUGUCUACUGGUCAAUGAACAUGAAUCCCUAUAAGUUUGGAUUGUCUGGCCCUGGUAGUACAUCUUACUAUAGUUCUUAUGAGGUAAAUGGUCAUUUGCCGAGAAUGGAGAUUGACAGGACUGAGUGGGAAUACCCUUCGACAAUUACUGCUGUGGAACAAGCUACAACUGAUUCUCCGCCUAGAAGAGAUGGAGUCACUAGCAUGCAGACCAUCCCUGAAGAAUGCAGUCCAAAUCAUCUUGAGUCCAAUAGUAGUAGCCAGGUAGGCAGCUUUCUUAUUAACCGAGCCACAAUUUUAGACCUUACCUAUUUGAAUGUUGGUUUAAUAUUCAAUCAUUUGUACUGGUAGGAACACUGGGUCCCCUAUGCUUGAAAUUUGGGAGACAUUAUUUCAAUGAUAGUUUGGUGUACAUGGCAUACUUUAAUGAUAAAUUGUGAUCUAUCUACUGCACACUUUUUUGGAUACUUUUAACACUUUUAUCAGUUAAUGUUGAUCAAAAUGAAUAUUACUCAAUUUAACUCUGGCCUCUUGGCCAAAAUAGUCCAUGAUUUCAGUUUUUGCAAUUAAUUUGUUUAAACUUUCUACAUUAUAUCCCUGUAGUUUAAACUUUGGCAAAUAGUCUGCAUAUACUUUCAAUGUGUGACAAACAACAAUAACCUUAUUUCCGUAGGUCAUGAGGUCGACUACAUGGAUUACACUAUGCACUGAGCUCUUAAUGUGACAGACAAACCCUCUAAUUUUUAUUUUAGCAAAUAGUUUGCCUAAACUUUACUUUAUGUCUAGUAAUCCUUGUGUUUAAUUUUAGGAAUUAAUAACAGGGGCUUAUUUAUUAUAAAGUUGAAAGCUUUACGGGGUUAGCAACAAACCAAAGUUGUAAACACUGCCAGUUGCACAACAGUCACAGUUAUACAGGGUGAUUUGCAAUUUAACCAUAAAUUUUACCAAACUUGUUUAAACUAUGUCUUUUCAGCUUAUUAGACUAGGUUCUUUGGAAUGUCAGAGUUAUAUCUUUAUAAUGCAACUGCUAGCCAUUCUCUGCCAGUUUCCUACUUAACCAUUUUCCCUCAUCUAAACUUUCCAGACCCUAGGCCAAUGAGACAAGAUGAACAAUUCCGCCCAUUGUGUCCGUGAUUUCUUUUGGGUCCUAACAUCAUUUACAAAAGUGGCAAAACAAUAUUUUUAUAGAUUUUCCCAAACAGCAUAUGAUCGGCUUAAUGCAAAGCACCCAAUGCUUCCUUUCCUUCACAUGCCGUAUCAUGUGCAUACCCAAUGCUGUGCGUACUUUUUGUACUUAUCUGAUACUUAUGUACUGAUGAUGCCCAAGGAGGGAAUGAUAUUGCACUAGGCAACGAGUGAUGAGAACCAGGUAUGGUAUUUGAAAUAAUUUUUCUUAUGUCGUCUAGAAACUAAAAGGAGUUUUGAAAUUACAUCAUUUAUUGUUAUUAUCAGGUUCCUGUGGACUUUGCCAUCCUAUCGAUCUCCGGUUAUGGGUU